GUGGCACCGUCAUUUUUGGCUCGAAUCUCAUUGAUAGAGCUGAUUAUUGCGUUAGCGAUUCUCGUUCUUAUCAUAGCUGUCAUCUUUGCCAUCACACUUGUCUGUCGAUGUCUGAAAGUGAAGAGUGAGGACGGAAAGUAUGGAGAACAUGUGCAUGCUGUGGCCCAUGUGCGCAAUCCGCAUGUGGUACCACCACCAGUGGCGUCAGCACCACCUCCUUUGCCACCAAGAGCGUUCCGUGGUGGGAAUCAGAUGAUAUCGAAUCUAGAACAGGCGCAACUGACAGGUCUACCAACGGUUCAGGUACGGCCACUACCGCAGCGCGAACGCCUUUCAUCCAGUGGUCGCGGCGACUCACGAUCGCCAUCGCUUGUCGGCACAGGGAAGCAGUGGAAACGUGCUACGGAUUACGGUAGUGCAGCAGAUGACUUAGAUGAGUCUGGACGAGUCUCCUCGCAUGAUUCUGGUGCUAUGGAAGCGUUGCGUCGUUUUGGUUUCCGCGUUACCGAAGAAGAUGAGCCAGGACGUUCGUCAAGUGGCAAAAAUCGAGCUCGAGUCAAUGACCGCCAUCCGGUAGUAGCUACGAGAGAUGCCCUUUCGGCACUAAACCAAGAAAGGGUUCCGCUAGCUGAAUCGAUCCAAUGUCUGCCGACAACUGAAGGUGAUGAUGACGGUGGUGAAAAGUGGGGUGAUGGAGUUGAUCGGAUAGGAGCGGCUAUACAAAUGGAACGAAUGAGGAUCGAAUCUCUAACUGGCGGUGAAAGUGGAGAAACGGUGCGACCCCGGUGA